UCAAUCAAUGAGAGAGAAAGGAGGGCAGAUGGACAAUCAGUGAGUCGGGGGAGGAGGCUUUGUAUGAUUGGAGACGAUGACUCUAACGCCGCGGAGGAGGAGCGCCACCCAUAACCGUUCCUCUUCAUCGCCAUUUCUGGCCCUGAAGCUCAGUUGCUGUAGUGGCAUCGACCUCUCCCUCAUCCCCCAUUCCGCCAUAACCCAUCACCUUGUUUUGCACCUUCUCGAUCGAUCGUCCCGCUGUAGGCCCCGGAACCCAACUGGAGCAUUGCUUUGGUUGGCUGGUACAUUUUUUCUGUUUGUGGGUAUUGAAGCUGCGGAUUGUGGAGUGGGUGAGUUAGACCCAGUUUAUAGAUCUCAGGGUUUUGCUUGCGAGGGAGUAGAUGAGAGUACAAGCUGGUGAGGAUCGUGGAAAAGCGAGGAGGGUGAGUAUGGUGUGGUGAAUGUGGACGGGGAUGUUUUAGUAUCCUGGCGGUUCUGGAGGCUGUGACGCGGGGAGAUUUGGUGGUGGGUCGUGCUUCUCAGGGGAGGAGAGCCCCAGGAGGAGUGGGAAACCAUGGCGGCCACCAGUGGCUUGCUGAGAGCUCUUGUGGUGAUGGUGCUGGCGGUGGCUCUGUUUCCCGUGGCGUUUGCCGAGAUCAAGCACUUGUCGAUUAAGAACGACGCGCGUCCUAUCAUUCCGUUUGAGACUUUUGGGUUUUCCAUAGGAGGUGAGGUUUCUGUCAUAGUGUCGGAGGUGGAGGUGAAGGAACCUGGGGCUGAUAGGAGCCGAAUGGGGUUCUUUCUUUCGACCAUGGAUGAUCUUGUUCCCGUGAUCGCCCAGUUGGAGGCACAAGGGAAGAACUGCCUUCUCGACAGCGCGUCGAUGCACACGUUGUUCACGUUGGCUGAGACCGACAAAUUCAACUACACGCAUCAGGUGUUUCAGUCCAAUGAAUACAGCCUUUUCUUUGAGAAUUGUGUGAAGACCGAGGUCUCCAUGGAAGUGGUGACCUCAAUGUACAAUGUGGAGAAUGGCUUCAGGGAUUUCUUGCCGGUUGGCCAAACCGUGCUCCCAAGGAUGUAUUUCCUAUUCUUUUUGAUUAAUGUUGCGCUUUUGGGAAUUUGGAUCUACGUGUGCUGGGCCCAGAAAGAAUCGGUGCACCGCAUCCACCUUUUGAUGGGUCUUUUGGUCGUGUUGAAGGCGCUGAACAUGAUCUGUGAGGCAGAAGACAAGCAAUAUGUGAAGAGGACAGGAGAACCACAUGGAUGGGAUGUUGCUUACUAUAUCUUCAACUUCCUCCGAGGCUUGCUCCUCUUCAGCGUUAUCGUCCUCAUCGGAACUGGAUGGUCAUUCCUGAAGCCAUUCCUUCAGGACAAGGAGAAGAAGGUACUCAUGGUGAUCAUUCCUCUCCAGGUGUUCGCUAAUACAGCUUACAUCGUCUACGAUGAAGCUGGGCCCUCAACCAAGGACUUCUUCACCUGGAAGCAAGUUUUUCUGUUAUUAGAUAUCAUCUGUUGCUGCGCAGUCUUAUUCCCUAUCGUCUGGUCCAUUAAGCAUCUGAGAGAGGCUGCUCGCACUGAUGGUAAGGCUGCUAGGAACCUUGCGAAGCUUACUCUGUUCCGCCAAUUUUACAUUGUAGUUGUAAGUUACAUUUACUUCACACGCAUAGUUGUGUUCGCUCUGUUCACUGUUACCGUCUAUCGAUACCGAUGGACAAGCAAGUUCGCUGAGGAGGCUGCCAAUCUCGCCUUCUACAUCUACACUGGGUAUAAGUUCAGGCCGGUUGUGCACAACCCUUACUUUGUACUCGACGACGACGAAGAGGAGGCUGCGGCACAUGAGGCUUUGAAGGAUGAUGAAUUCGACCUCUAAAGUUGUCACAUUGCACGGAGCCAAGGCAUUAUUGAAGGAGCGUAGACGAGCUAGCAGGCUGGAGUUCCUCUUGACGGAUCGCGCCAGCCCAUGCUCGGAAAUGCUGGAGCUGCAUAUCGCAUCUCAACAUGGGGGAAAGUUAGCUUUUGUUUUAACGAUUCGUAGGCAAGUGUGGGCAUUAUGAUGGCUGCAGCAGCUCCUCCAUUGCUGGUUUGAACUUUUAUUCAACUAGAUUUUCUCCAUGCAUACCGAACUUAAGUCAUCUGAUUUCCAUUUAGUUUUGAUGAAGAUGGUAUAGUUUCCCGCCCUUGAACCUUUUUGUUUUCAAGCAGUUGUCUUGCACUUACUGAAAUGCGGUGGUUUCAUCCGAAACCAUUGACUGGAUGCCCGUUUUUACGAGCUUAAUCUGGUCGGGUAACAUCCUGUACCCUAAUCAAGUGCUUAUGUUUAGAAUCGUCCUCUCAGAAGGGAUAAUGUUCAACAGUUUUGUGUGAAUAGUGUUCUGCUGUUCUUUAACACUU